GCUUUCAACGUCAUCAAAAGGCGCCUCUCCGUGUGCUGUGCGACUCCAGGGGCAGAGUGCUUUCAAAUGGUAUUUUGUAAAUAAAACAAGGCCUUUAAAAUGCCUAUGAAAGGAAGGUUUCCGAUCAGGAGGACUCUGGAAUACCUCCAGAAGGGCGACAUCAUCUUUAAAAACAGAGUGAAGAUCAUGACGGUCAAUUACAACACACAUGGAGAGCUCAGCGACGGAGCAAGAAAGUUUGUGUUCUUCAAUAUUCCUCAGAUUCAGUACAAAAACCCAUGGGUCCAAAUAAUGCUGUUCAAAAAUAUGACACCAUCACCGUUCUUGAAGUUCUACCUGGAUGACGGGGAGCAAGUUCUGGUGGAUGUGGAAGGGGGGGACCACAAACAAAUUUCACAACAUGUGAAGAAGAUUUUGGGCAAAUCAGAAGAAGUGUUACAAGCGGAGGCUCGAGCCAAAAUGCAGGCCUCCAACCCCGCCAACUUUGGGCCAAAAAAGUACUGUCUGAGGGAGUGUAUCUGUGAAGUGGAGGGCCAGGUGCCGUGUCCUGGCACCACGCCACUGCCCAAGGAGAUGACAGGCAAAUAUCGAGCCCAGAUGGCAGCGUCACAGGAGUGAGAAGCUGAGUUGACUGUUGUAGAUUCAUUGGACAGUAUUGCGGCAUUGUGAUGUUAGGUUUGAUUUUGUACGAUUACAUAAAAGGACUACCACAUUGCAUAUUUUGAUGUAAAUAUGUGUAACUAUAUGGGUCCUAUUAUGCUGUGUGCAUUUUAAGAUUGUCAUUGGCUGAACUGAGACCUUCCAGUCCACCGUAAGCAGCAGGAACCUGUCAACACACGAUGUUGUUUGGGCAGUCAAUACAUUGGUCCAGGUUUGGAUAACUUGACGUCACACCUGGUGUGACCUGGUUGAAGAAUCCACACAUCUGGAUGCGAUUUACAUCUAGCACAGUGACGACACUGCAAUGUAAACAUUCAAAUAAAAACUAAUUUGCCUGUG